CAACAUGACAUUGACGUCACGUGACGUAUCUAACCUAAAAAUUUGUAUCGAUUCUUUAAUCGUUUUAUUUUCAAUUACCCCAUCAGUGAAAAUUACAGUGAUUUCUAACUAAUUUAAUUAAAUUUGAAGGUCACCCAUUUUCGCGGUAAAAGAUGUCAGAUCAUGAGGAGUCCGACGAAAAGCCUUUCGCAAUCGAAAUUGCCAAGCAAGGCCGCGCUGCAUGCAAAAAAUGCAAGCAAAAAUGCACCCAAGGUGAAUUACGUUUUGCCAAACUUGCUCCCAACCCUUUCGGCGCCGGUAAAAUGAAGAACUGGCAUCAUGUAGAGUGCAUUUUUGAAAUAUUUUUAAAACAAAGACCUACCACGAAGAGAAUAGACGAUCCAGAGGAAGACAUCGAGGGAUGGAACUCCUUGGACGACGACACCAAAGCUGACAUACUAAAACGCAUUGAUGAAUGCAACAAAUUUUUUGAAACCAAAUAUGGUAUUAAAGCGUCACCAAAAAAACCCAAAAAUAAACCGAAAGAACAACAGGCUAGUGAUAAACAGGUAGCGAGCACGAGUUCUGAAAACGCUCAGAAGUCUGAUGCUAUUCCUAAAGAUAGCCAGUUCCGCGAAUUUAGAAGAUUGGUGGCUGAUAUCACCAAUGUAAGUAGUUACCUUGAAAAAACAAACCUCGUGAGUAAAGUAUUUACUAGAGGGAGUGACGGAACGGGGUUCAAAGGGGAUGUGGUGCUUUGGUGCCGCCUAUUGCUACCUGGUUUCGUCAAAAGAAUUUAUAACCUUCAAAGUAAGCAACUUAUCAAACUCUUCAGCAAAAUAUUUCACACUGAUCAAGACGCCAUGUUGGAGCACUUAGAGAAAGGGGAUGUCAGUGAAACCAUCCAGGAGUUCUUUGAAAAAAGCAGAUCAUUUAAACCGUCAAAAAAGAGCAAUUUGUCUCUACAAGACGUAGACGAUUUUCUUGAAGAAUUGUCAAAAUUGACAAAAGAAGAAGAACAAAUGGCACAUCUCAAGUCUUUCUCAAGUAGAUGUACUUCCAAUGACUUGAAAAUGAUCAUCCGCUUGAUCAAACAUGAUCUCAGAAUGAACGCCGGUGCUAAACAUAUCUUAGAGGGUGUUCAUCCUGAUGCAUAUCAAGCUUUUCAGUUAUCUAGAGACAUUAAGGCCGUGAUCAAUCGCUGUUUAGGCGGUAAAGGUAAAAGUUCAAAGGCCACCAUUGAGUUAAUGACCCCGGUACUACCCAUGCUUGCUGAAGCUUGCAAGUCCGUGGAACAAGCGAUGAAGAAGUGCCCCAACGGGAUGUUCUCUGAGAUCAAAUACGACGGCGAAAGAGUACAAGUGCAUAAACAAGGUUCCGAGUUUAAGUACUUCUCGAGAAGUUUGAAACCGGUACUACCUCAUAAAGUAGCCCACUUUAAAGACUACAUUCCUCAAGCAUUCCCGCACGCGAAAGACUUGAUUCUAGAUAGUGAGAUUUUAAUGAUUGAUACCCAAACUGGAAAACCUCUUCCGUUUGGUACUCUCGGUAUUCAUAAGAAGUCGGAAUUUAAAGACGCAUCUGUGUGUCUAUUCAUCUUUGAUUGCAUUUAUUACAAUGGAGAAAUUCUAACUGAUAAACCAAUAAAGCACAGAAAGAAGAUUCUAAACGAGAAUAUGACCGAAAUCCCCAAUCACAUCAUGUUUUCGGAAAUGGAGGAAAUUCACGACCCGAAAGACUUGGCUAAUAUGAUCGCAAAAGUAUUAAAACUGGGUCUGGAAGGGUUAGUACUUAAAGAUAUGAAGAGUGUAUACGAACCCGGCAAACGGCAUUGGUUAAAAGUCAAAAAGGAUUACCUUUUUGGGGGCGCAAUGGCCGACAGUGCCGAUUUAAUAGUACUGGGUGCCUGGUACGGUACUGGUAAAAAGGGUGGCAUAAUGUCCAUUUUCCUCAUGGGUUGUUAUGAUGAGGACAGUGAUAAAUUCUGUACCGUCUCUAAAGUGUCCACAGGUCACGACGACAAAACUUUAGAGCGGCUACAAAGUGAGCUCGAUAUGGUCAAAAUAAGCUCGGAUCCUUCGAAAGUACCAGACUGGUUACGUUGCACCAAAACCAUGAUCCCGGAUUUUGUUGCCAGAGACCCGAAAAGCCAACCCGUUUGGGAAAUAACGGGGGCGGAAUUUACCCAACACGACGUACACACAGCUGAUGGGAUUUCCAUCAGGUUCCCACGGGUUACCAAAAUCCGAGAUGACAAAACCUGGGACACGGCCACAAGUCUCAAAGAACUUAAAGUUCUGGUGGCGAAAUCGAAGGAGAACACGGACGUGAGUUUACUAAUGAAGGGAGUGAAGGACGACGAAGUGGACGGCGGCACUUCUUCGCCCAAGAAGAGGAAACGAGGUGAAUCUUCUAAAGCGAAAAAGCACUCUGAUUCUGGUGAUGAGGCGUCUCCUUCGAAAAAAACAAAAAAAGAAUCUAAGAAGCAAACUGGUCUGGACGGUUUUGUGAAAACUUCGAAAAAAGGGACAUCGGGCGAUAAUGGGUCACCCAAAGCGGACAAAGAAGAGUCGAAGAAGUACAAAAAGGUUGAAAUAGAGAAUCCGUUACCUACUUACUUUGAGAGUGUGAAGUUGUUGCUGGAAGAUGACGUGAAAAGUGAAAAGUGGGAUUUGAUUAGAUAUUUUAUAGCCUACGGUGGUGAAGUGUCGAAACGUGGGGAUACGUCGGGAGUGACUCACGUGGUGCAUUUAAAUAAUAUGGUUAACAAACUGGGGUCACAAGAUUGUGGAUCAGGUGUCAAACACGUGACUGUUCCAUGGAUUAAAGACUGUGUUAUACACGAAAGUGUCCGUGACACUAGACCAUAUGCGGUAUGUUGGAAACCUAGUUAAGAUGGAUCUGUUGUUUACAUACUCUAGAAACAUUUUUACUUUUUAUUUAUUGUGUAUGUGUCACGAACGGUAUUAAACAACUAUUAUGUAUAUGUUGAUUCUUGAUA